UUUUGAGCCGGUCUCAAACGUACAAAAAAAUUGUUACUUAGUGUUUUCAGUAAAGUGUUUUAUCAAUUUCAUCAAAAUGGUUUUCAAUGUAAUGAUCCAACUAUGCAAAAUCACAAGGGCUAGUAAACUGUUUCAAAGAAAUUUCUUUUUACCACUCCUGAAACCGCUUUCACCGAAAGAUGCUCUUCGAAGAAAAAUUCUCACCGGCCAAAAUGUCCUUGGUUCUAGGAUUGAGCAUUACAUUCCAGUUUUGGAAGAAUAUUUGAUGAGGUUACAACGACGCAAAUAUGCAGUCAAAGGUGCCGGAAAAAAGCGACUGCGGAAGAAGGCAAAUACGAGAUAUUUAAUGCCACUUUUUGACGAAAAUAUGGAGAAUCAUGACAGGCUUCUACAUCUAUUAUCUAGGAAAUCGAAAGGGAAAGGUCAAUGUUACACUUAUUAUGUUCCUGAUAAGGACUGCACUUUGGUGUUUUCCUACCAGUUGGAAAGAGCUAUCAGAGAUAAGGAAAUUAUUGACGUUGUGAUAGCACAAAGAAGCGAAAAAAUUGUUGUUAAAUUGAAAGACGGGACUAAAGUUACUUUACCGUUGUUGACUUAUGAUGGUCGAGCUCCAUUUUACCGAGGUGAGGGUUGGACUAAGAAAGACAUGGAGGAGCAUCACCAUCAUGGGAAAGAAACCAUGUCCAUUGCUCGACUCUUCGAAGCUAAAGAACAGGGUUUGGAUGAAUGGGAAUUAGAGAUGAUGCGAAUAGCGAAUAAGAGAAAGAAGAAGACAAAAGGUGAAGGAACGGCUGAUUGGAAACAGAUGAUGACUGCUACUGUCGCUAAUAUGGAUUGGGAUAACUUUGAGGAAGAAACAAAGCAAAUUGUGGAAGAAAUCAACGAACCUGUAGAUGACGAACCGAUUCCUAUGCAAGUGGACAAUAUGGAAAAAACCAAAUUUGUGAACGAAAAACUUAAGGAAGCCGGUGAUGAAGUAUUGUCGUUGUUACCAACAAUGCCCGAAAUUCCAGAGUGUGUAAAAGUAAUGCGAGAGGGUUCAUUGUCAGAAAUCGCCAAUAUUUCCGGAAUGUCUUUAAAUUUGCCCUCUUCCGGUAAAGACCGUUUCGUUCCGGGUCAAAUUGUGUCAUCCGAGGAUGGUGAAUUAUUUGUUCCUGGUCAAACCGUCGAAAUGGAAGAUGGCAGCUCGGAAUACACGCCCGGCUUCACUGUAAUUAUGGACAACGAGCCCACCCUCCUUCCCGGUUUGGUAAUGGGCGACGAUCCAAGCAAGCUUAUGUUCUUGCCAGGAGAGUCCACCAUAACUGAAUCCGGCGAGCUGCAGUUCGCCGAAACCGAAGACGAUAUCAGGAAGGACUCGCUUGCUUUGUUGCCUGAAGUCGAGGAGGUGGAAGAGGUCGAGUUAGAGGAGGAGCAAAACAGUGAGGAGGAGAAGGAGGAGGAACGCCCGAAGCCGCCCCCUAAACGCGAAAAGAAAGAGCUCAUUUACGAACGGCCCAAACGUGUGUACGCUACUGAAAGUAUGGGUCCUAAACGUCGCGAACGGUCGAAAAAAGCUGCGCCGAAGGAAGAGCCAAAGCCGGAACCGACGCCGGCGGUAGUACGAGUGCCUGGUGAACCGAUGUUGUACGAUAUGACGGUACCGACUUUUGAGAAAGAUCUGUUGGAACAAGAAAAAGAACGCGUGGAGAAUUUCAACAACAAAAAAGCGAAGGAAGAGGUGGAUAUCGAUAAGAAGCGAAGGGAGAUCAGGAUCAAACUCAAACAGUUUGUAGAUAGUAAACCACCUCCACCAGUAUACGAGCCCUUGGAGCCGGUAAAGAAGAGCGAGAAGCUUAAAGAACUGGAGAAGAACAUUAAGAAAGGAAAGUUUUUUGAUGUAGACUAUAAGAAAUACUUGAACAAAGAGUACCCUCAGCCCUUCAUGUGGAAUAAAAUGCACGAGUACAGACACACGUUCGAUUCGGUGGGGAUAAUGCGUCACCGAGUUUGGAAGUCGGUCAUUUACAAACUUUUUCAAAGAAAUUAUUACCUUCCUCUCUUGAAGCCACUCUCGCCCAAAGAUGCCCUUCGAAGGAAAAUCAUCACUGGACAGAACAUUCUAGGUGCAAGAAUAGAACAUUACAUCCCUGUCCUCACCACCCAUGAAGAAAAAAGUUCAGAACGGAAAAAGAGAGGUAAAGGAACACCCGUCAUUAAGAAAAGAAUCCGAAAGCAUGAAAGUAUGCGAUAUGUCGAACCUUUUCUGGAUGAGAAUAUGGAAAACCACAUGCUUCUACAGAGUAUCCUCAAUCGAAAACCAAAAGGCAAAGGUCAACACUACACUUACGAAAUCUUAGAUAAGGGUUGUACCCUUGUUAUCCCCUGCCAGAUGGAAAAAGCCGUCAAAGAUAAAGAAAUAAUUGACAUCACCAUGGCUCAAAGAAGCGAAAAAAUCUUGGUGAAACUGAGUAACGGCCUCAAAGUAACGGUUCCCGUCGCCAGCUACAACGGCAAUGCCCCAUUAUACCGAGGCAGUGGUUGGACAAAAGAAACAAUAGAAGAAGAACAUCACCAUGGCAAAGAAACAAUGUCCAUUGCAAAACUUUUCGAAGCCAAAGAGUCAGGCGUUGAAGAAUGGGAACUGGAAAUGAUGAGACUUGCAAACAAACGAAAGAAGAAAGUGAAAGGUGAAGAUGCCGUCGACUGGAAACAAAUGAUGUCAGGUUGUCUUGAAAACAUGGAUUGGGACAAAUUUGAAGAAGACACAAAACAAAUCGUUGAGGAAUCCAGUGAAAUCGUCGAAGAAGAAGAUAUUCCGAUGGCAGUUGAUGAUAUGGAAAAAACCAAAAACGUGGGAGACAAACUCAAACAGGGUGGAGACGAGAUCUUAUCUCAGUUACCGACAAUGAAAGAAAUCCCAGAAGUUAUCAAGAUCCUAGAAAGCGGCGAGAUGUGUGAAUUGCAGAAUGUUUCAGGCGUCAAGGUUAAAAUGAACGACGGGCGCACGUGUUUUAUUACAGGUCAAAUGGUGAAAAGUGAUGAAAAUGAGGUUUUUGUACCAGGCCAAACGGUAGAAACCGAAGGAGGAAACUGCGAGUACACUCCAGGUAUCACUAUUUACAUGGACAACGAGCCUACUUUGAUUCCUGGUUUGGUAUUUGGUGAGGAGGAACAGCCCGCCAUGUUUUUACCUGGCGAGUCUACAAUUACCGAAAAAGGUCAGUUGAAGUUUGAGGUGACAGAGGACGACCUUCCGCCUAUAGAGCACAAAAGAUUUUCGGAUUCCUCGCCAUCUCCACCACCUGAAACGAAGCCAAAACCCAAACCAAAAAAAGAUGAGGAGAUCGUCAUACGUCGGCGCGUUAUCGACGAACCUGAAGAACCAGUUCGUAAAGAACGAGUAAGGAAGAAACCACCAGUCGUAGAAAUGAAACCUAAAGAGGAACCUCGACGUGAAAUGCAAUUCCGACCGCAACGUCAGCCCUUGGAUGAUCCCUUGAUACUUCUUGAAGAGCAACGGUUAAAGAGAGAAGAGGAGGAAAAGAAAAGACAGAAAGAACGCAUGGAAGAGAAAAUACUGAAGGAGGAAAGCAAAGUCGAUUCGAUUCGGAUGAGCAUUCGAAAGAAAUUUAAAGAACUGAAGUUUGAACCGCCUCCACCUUACGUUCCGAUAGAACCGGUGAAGAAAAGUCAGAAGUUGGUCGAAUUGGAACGCAGUAUAAGAAAGGGGACUUUCUUCGAAGACGAUAAAACUAAGGAGAUUUUAGAGAAGGCGCGAAGUCAGACGAGGAUGCUCAAAUACCAGCAUGCUCUCAACGCUUACACGAUUCACAAUAAAAUUUUAAAAAUGGUGAAUUACGUGUUGUCAUUUUGUAAGAUAACCGCCGCAAGUCGGAUUUUCUCGCGCAAUUUUUAUUUGCCCUUGCUCAAGCCUUUGACACCUAAAGAAGCUCUUCGAACGUUCCGAAUCACAGGUAAAUGGCUACUAGGUGCCAAAAUCCAGCACUACAUACCAGUCUUACUCAAUCACAAAAAGAAACGGUCCAGAAAGGUCAAAAAUUUUGGUAAAAAACCUCACAAAGAAAUGGAGGAUUACACUUAUAUGACUCCAGUCCUCGAUUCGGAUAACGAAAGCCACAAGCUUUUGCUUACAAUUUUAGACAGCAAAAAAGGAAAAGGCAAUUUUGUGUAUACGGUAGAUGAUAAGAAAUAUAACAUUGUUUUGCAAGCUCAAUUAGAAAAAGCAAUUCUAGAUGGUGACGUGAUUGACGUUCUAGUCUCACAACGUAAUGACAAAAUUAUAGUUAAGCUUAAAAGUAUGAAGAAAAUUCCGAUGGAAAUUGAGUAUUACGACGGGGAAGACAAACUGUAUUGUGGUGAAGGAGCGACAUGUCCAGAGGACGAAAAGUUUCACCACCACGGGAAAUACACGAUGAGUUUGGCGAAAAUUUUUGAAGACAAGGAGUUGCAGGAGGAGAAAUGGGAGGAAGAAUUGAGACGUAUCAUGCGUCGCCGAAAGAGGCAAGCAAAGGAAGGUUCAAAAGAAUGGAAGGAAAUGAUGAAAGAAAGUAUUAAAAAUCUCGACUGGAACAAAUUUGAAGAAGAGGCUAAGAAAAUUAUUGACGAAAUUGACGAACCAGCUGUUGAACAAAACAUCGAUAUGGAAAUCGACGAUUUGGAAUCGACGAAAAACGUUAACGAAACGAUACUGAAAAAGGGUCCCGAAAUGUUGGACCAGCUGCCAACAAUGAAGGAGAUUCCCGACAUUAUUAGAAACAUGGGUAGAGCCACUUUUGACGAAAUCGAAAUUGAAGAAGGUGACGAGGAAAAUGGGAAAACUAAACGGCGUGUAUCAGGUGUUAGAGUUACUUUACCCUCCGGAAAAGAAUGUUUCAUAAGUGGACAAAUGGUCCACACUGAAGAUGGUGAUGUUUUUGUCCCUGGCCAAACUGUCGAAAACGAAUUUGGGUUAGAAUACGCCCCUGGAAUCACCAUUAAUGUUGAUAACAAGCCGACUUUGAUCAGCGGUCUAAUUAUGGGCGAAGAAGAACACGACCCGAUGUUUCUGCCAACGCAAUCGACAAUCACAUCAGACGGUCAACUCACUUUUGCUACGACAGUCGAAGAGAGACCUAAACCGCAACCCGAGAAGCAAAAACUUAAGAAAAAACAAUUGGAAGAGACAAUAAUUGAAGAAACUGCCGAAAUGAUGGAAGAAGACGAAGCUGAUGACAUUUCCGAUGUUGUCGAUAGUAUUUCUUCGUCGGAAGAGAAAAGUUUGGAUGUUUCGAGCAUCGAAUUGAAUAAUUCCGAAAUCGAAGAACUUGACAUCGAAGCUCACAGAUUGAAACAAGAACAGCAACGCCUCGAAAUCGAAAAACUUAAAUCAAUUCUCAUGGACGAUGGUCUCGACGACAUCCUCGCAAGUAUCGAGGACAAGCGAGAGCAACUUCGCAAAAAACUCGAAGAACUGCGAAAAUUGAGCGUCGCAACGGAGAACAGUCUUGUAAGUUAUGUCAGUGAAAGCGACACGAUCGAACUAGCAUCAAAGAUAACCAGCGAUAAAGAAACUAUUAAUAGACUUUCGGAUAUUUUGAUGACAAUAGCGCGGAGGGCAGCGACUUUCCGCGACAAAAAUAGCGUAAAUGCGGACAAUAUUAAUCAAGCUUAUAUUUCUGUAAGUAACUUGUCCGAGGCAGACAUGAAAUUCAACAGUUCGCGCAACAAAUUAAAAGUCAUGCUUAAAACAGCAGCGGUAGCAGCCAAUGAUGUCUUUAAAACGCGCCCCAAAGAUCAAAUUCUUGCCCUGAAUGCCAUUGGGGAUAUUAUAAUCGAAGUGUUGAAGAACGACGAUCAAACUCUUGCAGAUCUUUUAGAUUUGAUGAAUACUCCGAUGGAACGAGCGGAAAUAUGCAAUGCGGUCUACAAACAGCUGACCCAGAACAUAACCGAUACCAAAAUAACUUUCUUGAACGACAUCAUCACUAACUUGUCGGCAUACGACGUCAUAGACCGCGUCGAGAAGGUUCUCAAGAAACAGUCUGAAAUUAAGUGCGAAGCUUUUGUAAAAAUUGCCAAAGUUGAUCCCGAAAUUAUAAAUUAUUUGGACAAAAAUAUUAAAAAGGGGGUGAUUAAGGUUAAGACUGAAGAAGACGCAAUUGAGUUGCUGGAGGAAUCCAUAGAGGAAGCAACAAGGACUUUAAUGAAAGAAAAUUUGUCCCAUGUAGUGGACGAGCUUGAGGAACUACAAGAAGAGGCAGUCAGUUUUGCUAGAGCCCUCGGAAUGGGGAAAGUAGAGGAGAUUCUUUCUGAAAUGACCGAUUUGGAUCAAAUAACUGAUAGUAGAGCUAUUGAGCUUUUAGAACGGACAAAUUUAAUCCGUCAAUUGGCCGAACGUGAUUUCUCACUGAAGAGUGCCCUAGAAAGGAUCAAGAAAAGCCCAGAACGUGGCCGUUCUGACCCUAGGAUUCGACAGUUGAUAAGGGAGAGCGCAGUUUUGAUAUCCCGAGGACCACCGUUGAAGAGUUCCCGUGAUAUUCCCUUACAAAUGCUGAAAAAUCAGAACCUUCUCGCUAUUGAGGAUCUCUUGAUCCAGAGAAUUAAAGUGGAGUUUCCGGUUUUGAUCAGUAGAGACACUUUUCAAGCAGUUAUACCAAAAGAAGCGGCUCGAGGAGUGUUGUCGGGCCGUGUUCCGUAUGUCCUUAUUAAUGAAAACGGUGUUACGAAUAUCAAUCCAACGCGAAGGUUUUCAGCGGACGUCCGAAUUGACGAUUUUAGUGUUCGUGAACGGUCCUCCGAAAAAGACGAUGACAGAAAAUACCUCCAGGCCAAGAGUAACGGCACCGACUUUUCCUGGGGCAGUCCGAGAAGCCGCCGAGCGAUGAGUUCCGGAAGCCUCUACAGAGGUUACACCGGGCCUAGGGCCUAGCAAUAUGCGGGAGGAAGAACUGGAGGUGGCCCUCAAGGUGGUGAUCGUGGGCAAUGGUGGAGUGGGCAAAUCUAGCAUGAUCCAACGAUAUUGCAAAGGCACUUUCACAAAGGACUACAAGAAAACGAUAGGAGUUGAUUUCUUGGAAAGGCAAAUCGA